AUGUCCGCCGUCCCCCCGCCGCCACACCCUCACAAGAGUCCCCGAGUACUCGCCUGCGUCCUCUGCCAGCACCGCAAGAUCAAGUGCGAUCGCAAUACCCCGUGUUCCAAUUGUAUCAAGGCCGGUGUCACAUGCACGCCCAGUACACCUGCUCCGGCGCGCAAACGUCGCCGCCCAAACCAGGACCUCCAGGAGCGUCUGGCUAGAUGUGAAGAACUUUUAAAGCAGUACGCGACCGGCGGGUCUCCUCCCAGCACUUCCUCCAAUCCCCCGUCCCUCUCAACCCCGUCAACGUCCGCCUCUGCCUCUGCCGCGGCUACCACUGCCAAGAAGGAGGUAAUAGAUACCCCCAGCAGCGUCAGUACCGAAGCGCAGACGACCGUCCAACCUCGAUAUAAAAUCAUUCAAGAAGAUGGCGUAUCAAGAUUCAUGGACAGCCGGAUAUGGGGGACCGUCGUCGAAGAGCUGCAAGCCAUGCGCAGUCUCGUCGAGGCCGAGGAUCCAGAGGAUGCCAGCAUCUUAAGCCCCGAGGAGCUCACACCUGACAAUAACACCGAUUUGAUCCUCUCCAUCGAUUUCACAAAUACCACCACCGAGGAUCUCCUCCCAGACCCCGUCCACGUCUUCCGACUCUGGCAGACAUAUCUCGACAAGGUCAACCCACUGAAUAAACUCAUUCACGUUCCAACAGUUCAACCAUACGUCCUCGAGAUUACUACGAAUAUUUCCAACGUCCCCCUCGACUACCAGGCUUUGCUCUUCAGCAUCAUGUCCAUGGCCACCCUAUCACUGGAAGAGACCGAGGCUCUCCAGAUGCUCGGCAUGAGCAGAGAAAAGGCUUUGCACACGUUCAACGCCGGUGCCAAGGCCGCUCUCACCCGCUUCAACUACCUGAAAAAUUACAACAUGACCUGUCUACAGGCUCUCAUGAUCUACCUCUUCUCCCUCGAAAGUCGAAUCGAUACCCACUCGGCCUGGGUCAUGAGCGCGACUGCAGUUCGCCUUGCCCAAAAGAUGGGCUACCACCACGACGGCGAGAAACUCGGCAUGACUCCCUACGAAACCGAAAUGCGACGCCGAAUUUGGUGGCAGCUGUAUAUGCACGAUUUCAAGCUUGGCAUGUUCUCUGGUCUCAGUCAGCAAUCCAGCUUCAAUCAAAAAUGGGACACCAAAAUCCCCAGCAACCUCAACGAUGCCGACCUGUUUCCCGGCUCCACCGAGCCCGUUCGCCCCAGAGAGGGCCCUACCGAGAUGAUCUUUGUCAUGAUCAUGUGCCAAGUCUUCGACUUCAAGCGAAUGAGCGCGACAGCAGACGAAGAAGCGGAGCUUGAAGCAGCUAUCCUCGGCCAAAGUGAUGAAAGCGAGUACGAUGUCGCCAGACACCAGGCCAUGUUCAACAAGUAUCGCGCGCAGUCGCGAAUCAUUGAGGACAAGCUUAUCGAGACGGAAGAAAAGUAUUGCGACCCCUCAGCUGGCAACGCGCAUAUUGCUGCCAAAGCCUUCCGACCGCUCAUGUUUAAAAACAUGGAGGAGAUGCUGGUCCCCAUGAAGGAUCAGCCGGAAUGGGGUACCGAAAUCUUUGGUCCCAAAGACAACUUGUUCAAAAUUAUGGUGUUGGGCUCUGAGCAUCGUCUCUCCCUCUACCAAGGCAUGAGCGAGGCGGGCUUCAUGUGGUUCAUGAGAAUCACCUUUUCCAUCGAUUUCUUCUCAUUUUUGACCUCGCAACUCUGUACACAUACACGCGGCACUCUCGCUGAUCGAGGCUGGACUUCGGUCGAAAGGACAUACGGUUACCACCCCGAGCUGUUUGACCUAUCGCAAAAGACGCGUAUUGCGCAGGCGCAGCUAGCCCUCAAGGCCUGGAAAGCCCGCGAGGCGUCAUUCCUGCAGGCUGGAUGGCCGCUCGAGACGCCAUGCUUCAUCCAGCGCCUCCGCGAGCUGCUCCCGUCCAGUGACUGCCGGUCCUCGACGGCGAACUCGACGACGGCGACGCCAGCCAUGCCCAUGAUGGGCCUGCAGAUGAGCCAGCAGCCGAUGCAGACGGAGCCGGACCCGUUUGCUGGCAGCUUCCUAGACAUGCCGCCCAUGAGCUGGGACAUGUUUGGCGAAAUGAUUCCGGGCACGUCAGACCAGAUUCCGGCCGCCAUGUAUGGCAACUACGGUAUUGGAAAUUUGAAUUUGAAUAAUAUCAACAACAUGAGGCGUAUGUAG